CUCCAGGAAUCUUGUGGCUAAGAAAAAAAAUACUAAACUAUGACCACUAGAGGGCACUUCAAAAUAACUAAACAUACCUCAUUUUUCUUUCUACAUUUGGUUGCACGUCAUAAUUUACAGCAUUUCAAGGAAUUGUGUUAUGUUUUUAAUGUGUCAUACAGAAGUUAGAAGAAGAUUCCUGUAGUCAAAGCUUCAAAAUAUUUCUACUGUUAUUCUGGAAAAAAAUACAAAGGUUUCCGGUUUAGAAAAAAAUACAUUUUAAUGAACUAAUUGAAAUUCGACUUAUCGAUGCUAUGAUUGAGUUCAGCUGCUAAAUAAUUUAAUUUAAUUUAAAGUGCUAAGGUUAAAUUUUUAUAUUUUGAACUUAUAUAAUAUGUAAAACUCUUCGUAUUCCGCAUACCGAUGCAACAAAACCAUAGUCCUAGAUUACAUAGACACCACGCGACCGCCAUAUUGCUAGUGGCAUUUGCUUGCGGUUAUAACAUUAGUUUAUCUCAGUGUAACAGCAUGUUACUCUGAGAUAUAAAUCUCCAACAAAAAGUCCAUUGCUUUUUAAAUCCAGGAGUCUUUAUUGUAUUAUCUUUUUUAUUUGUUUUGAAAGACCUUGUCACUCGCAAAAUGGCGAACGCCGCUGGCGAACAGCGUCUUGUUUUCGUACGUCUAUACGUUUCAGUGAUCGGACGUGAAUACGUAACAGAUCAGGGAAGUGCUCGCCGGACUGCUCUGCCUGCUGCUAUCAGUACAGUGAGCAUUUCUGUCGUUGUGUUCCAGCUUUUGAAGAGAUUGCCGCUCUUGCAAUGGAAAGCAGGCAGAUGGACAAAAAUGUGUUUUUAUUGACAGGAGGUUGUGGCUAUUUUGGAUUUCGCCUAGCUUGCGCUCUGCAUAAAAGAGGAGCCAGAAUCGCUCUAUUUGACACCAUUCCUCCACGCCAAGAACUUCCUGAAGACAUGAUGUUUGUGCAAGGAGAUAUUCGUGACUAUGCACAAGUUGAGAAGGCCGUGUUUGGUGUAGAUUGUGUGUUUCACAUAGCCUCUUAUGGGAUGUCUGGUAGAGAGCAGCUGAAUCGACGCCUGAUUGAGGCAGUCAACGUUCAGGGGACGAAGAACAUCCUGAGAGCUUGUGUGGAGAACAGAGUAUCAAGGUUGGUUUACACCAGUACUUUCAAUGUGGUUUUUGGAGGCCAAGUGAUAGAGAAUGGCGAUGAAAGUCUUCCUUAUCUGCCGCUCCACCUUCAUCCCGACCACUACUCUAGAACCAAGUCCUUGGCGGAGAUGGCAGUGCUACAGGCAAACGGAGCAGCUCUGUUUGGUAGCCCUGGGGUCCUGAGAACCUGUGCCCUGCGCCCAGCAGGUAUCUAUGGGCCUGGUGAGCAGAGGCACCUGCCUAGGAUAGUUAGCUACAUAGAGAGUGGGAUCUUUAGGUUUGUUUAUGGUAGUCCCAGCAGUUUGGUGGAGUUUGUCCACGUGGAUAACCUGGUGUCUGCCCACAUGCUAGCUGCAGAGGCUUUAACUUCAGAGAAGCAGCAUCGCUCUGCUGGCCAGGCUUACUUCAUUUCUGACGGCAGGCCGGUCAAUAACUUUGAAUUCUUCCGACCUCUGGUUGAAGGCUUAGGUUACCCUUUCCCGAAACUCCGCCUCCCCAUCUCUCUCAUCUACCUGUUUGCCUUUCUCACCGAAAUGAUUCACCAUCUCAUCGGCCCGUUCUACAACUUUCAGCCCCUGCUAACGCGCACCGAGGUGUAUAAAACUGGAGUCACGCAUUAUUUCAGCAUGGCAAAGGCCAAAGCGGAGCUGGGAUAUGAGCCGCAGAAGCACAACUUGGACGAGGUGGUGCAGUGGUUCAAAAGCAGAGGCCACGGGAAGAGACGUCACGGCUCCGUCUUCAGGAGAUUCAUACUCAACUUCCUGUUUGUUUCUGCUUUUAUUGCUGUGGUUUUGUCGUUCCUGCCAGUUGCUGGCAGCUGAUGAAAAGCUCUUUAAGCUGCAAUCAGUCAAUCAAAAUGAACUUAUACAGCAAAGUGUAACACAAAGUGCUUCAGAUGCUUGAUGAAGAGACAGAUUCUUUGCUUUUUAUGUUUUAAUUGAUUUAAAAUCUUCACACUUCAACGCAGAAAUCAAUCAUGUGUUUCAUUUGAAGCUAAAAACAAAAGAAAACUCUUUGUUGCUUAUAAUGACUCAAACAACACUACCUCUCUGUUUUCAUUCAGCCGAUCGGGAUAAAGACUCAUAAUUACAUGGUUUAUUGAUAUACUUUAUCCGUAUUAUUAGAAGUUAAUGCAGUCUGACAACUGUGAUCAACAUUCAUUGUUUUUUUUUUUUUAAAGUCAAACUCAGAAUAUCAACAAUGUUUUAGGAAUAAAAAUAUGAUUUUGUACACUUUCUUACAUUAAAGUUAUGCUCUCUCAGUAGGAGGAAUUGAUGGUAACUCUAAGCACUCAGCCGGACUUCCUGGGAUGGAUUGCUUUUUCCAACUUUCACUGUACUGUGUUAGAAACAGGGCUGAGUUACACUGUAUGUAAUUGGAUAUGAAUGUGACUUGAUUGAAUUAUUUUGAACUGCACUUGGACCAAAUUAAAUUCUAUGUUUCUGCAGAUGAAUUGGAUCUCAUUGUAAAGUGCCUUUAAGACAGCAUUUGUUACACUUUCACACUAUAAAUAAACAGAAUGAAUUUGUUUGUA